CCCGACCCAAGACUAGGUCAGAGUAUUCCGACUUGCCAAUCCAUUACGGCCGUGAAAACCAAGCACAGUACCCACAAGCAGAAGAAAGUCAUGGAUAUGGCGAUAAAAGCCAAUCUAUCCGUUCUCGCCUUAUCUCUCCUGAUCAUCGGUAUCUUUUCAUCUUCACCUUCGAUCGCAUUACAGACCUCCCGCCCAACCUCCUCCAAAUGGACCCCACGCUUUCUCGGCGGACACUCAAAGCCACUGAGUCAGAAUCGGCAGCAGCAACCACAAUACCAGUACGAAACCCGAUAUUUCUCUCAGCCACUCGACCACUUCAGUUUCUCUGACCUCCCGAGUUUCCCUCAGCGGUACCUCAUCAGCACCGAGCACUGGGUGGGGGCGCAGCGCCUUGGCCCCAUCUUCUUCUACUGCGGCAAUGAGGGUGACAUCGAGUGGUUCGCCGCCAACACCGGUUUCGUCUGGGAAAUCGCCCCUCGCUUCGGCGCCAUGGUGGUUUUUCCCGAACACCGAUACUAUGGCAAGUCGAUGCCAUAUGGAAGUAGAGAUGAGGCAUACAAGAAUGCCACCACAUUAUCCUAUCUUACGGCGGAGCAAGCCCUCGCGGAUUUCGCGGUGUUGCUUCGGGAACUGAAGCGAGAUUUGUCCGCCGAGGUUUCUCCUGUGGUGUUGUUUGGUGGAUCCUACGGGGGAAUGUUAGCGGCAUGGAUGAGGCUCAAGUAUCCUCAUGUUGCAGUUGGUGCGCUUGCUUCUUCUGCUCCGAUUCUUCAGUUUGAAGAUAUUGUGCCACCAGAAACAUUUUAUGACAUCGUUUCUGGUGCUUUCAAGCGUGAAAGUACCAGCUGUUUCAAUACUAUUAAGGAGUCCUGGGACGUCUUAAUAUCUGAGAGUCUAAAAAAUGAUGGCCUCCUGCAACUGACCAAAACAUUCCACUUAUGUCGGACCUUAAAGAGGACUGAAGAUCUGAGAGACUGGUUGGACUCUGCUUAUAGUUAUUUGGCAAUGGUGAACUACCCUUACAGUUCUGAUUUUUUGAUGCCGUUACCUGGACAUCCAAUAAGGGAGGUUUGCAGAAAGAUUGAUGGUUGUCCUCUUGGCACUAGCAUUCUGGAGCGCAUAUUUGAAGGAGUUAGUGUGUAUUACAAUUAUACUGGAGAUUUUGACUGCUUUCAAUUGGAUGAUGAUCCUCAUGGCAUGGAUGGCUGGAACUGGCAGGCAUGCACCGAGAUGGUUAUGCCAAUGUCUAGUAGCUGGGAUGCAAGCAUGUUUCCAACAUAUGAUUAUAAUCACUCUUCCUUUCAAGAGGAAUGCUGGAAGGAGUUCAAGGUGAAACCAAGACCUAGAUGGAUAACAACGGAAUUUGGUGGACAUGAUAUCAAGACUGCCCUGAAAAAGUUUGGAAGUAAUAUCAUUUUCUCCAAUGGCCUAUUGGAUCCCUGGAGUGGUGGAAGUGUUCUGCAGAACGUAUCUGAAACUAUUGUUGCUCUUGUUACUGAGGAAGGUGCCCAUCACAUAGAUUUACGUGCUUCAAGUUCAGAAGAUCCUGAUUGGUUGCUAGAGCAGAGGGCAACUGAAAUCAAGUUGAUUAAAGGCUGGAUAAGUGACUACUAUCAGGAAAAGAAAGCAAUAAUCGACAUGUAGUUGGUGUAUGAAGAUCUUUCUUGUAUACAGUUCGAACUUGCCUGUGUUUUUCCUUCGGACAUCAUUGAAUGAACAGUGUAAGACCUCUCCUUUUCCAUGUCAGUGCCCUUAAAAAGUAGUCUCCACUAAAGAUGUGGGGAACAUUGUAAAUAUGUGUAUAAUGAGAUGGCAAUUUUAAGUGUAACUGGAUUUUUUAGUGCACCAAACAUUUACGUGGUAUGCCUCGUAGUAUUUCCUGAA